AUUUGCUGCAGAUGACAUCAGCCCUGGGCCAACGGCUGGAAGAGCGGAGGCAGCCACCCCGUGAGGAUGUGCCGGGUGGUCCUUUCCUCCUCCUCUUCCUCCUCCUCCCCGCUUCCCUGCCUAGUCUCCAUAUAAAAGAGGCGCCGCCUCCCCGCCCUCUCUCACUCCCCACUCCUCUCCGCCGCGCGCUCUAGGAGAGGGCGGAGGGGGAGGCGGCGCGCAGCGCCAGGAGGAGGGGAGACGCAGGGGGCGGAGCGGAGACUGCACCUUCGGAGAUAAUCCUUUCUCCUGCCGCAGAGGAGAGGAGCGGCUGGAGCGCGGCACUUCGCCGAGGCAUAGCAAGCCGGCAGGAUGGCGACCGUGGUGGUGGAAGCCACCGAGCCUGAGCCGUCCGGCAGCAUCACCAGCCCGGCGGCGACCACCUCGCCCAGCCUGUCGCAUCGCUUCCUCGACAGCAAGUUCUACCUGCUGGUGGUCGUCGGCGAGAUUGUGACCGAGGAGCACCUGCGACGCGCCAUCGGCAACAUCGAACUUGGAAUCCGAUCAUGGGACACAAACCUGAUUGAAUGCAACCUGGAUCAAGAACUGAAACUUUUUGUAUCCCGACACUCUGCAAGAUUCUCUCCUGAAGUUCCAGGACAAAAGAUCCUUCAUCACAGAAGUGACGUUUUAGAAACAGUGGUCCUGAUCAACCCCUCAGAUGAAGCAGUCAGCACUGAGGUGCGCUUAAUGAUCACGGACGCCGCCCGACACAAGCUGCUCGUGUUGACGGGGCAGUGCUUUGAAAAUACCGGAGAGCUCAUUCUCCAGUCCGGCUCUUUCUCCUUCCAGAACUUCAUAGAGAUUUUCACCGAUCAAGAGAUUGGGGAGUUACUGAGUACCACCCAUCCUGCCAACAAAGCCAGCUUAACCCUUUUCUGUCCCGAAGAAGGGGACUGGAAAAACUCCAAUCUUGACAGACAUAAUCUCCAAGACUUCAUCAAUAUUAAACUCAACUCCGCUUCUAUAUUGCCAGAAAUGGAAGGACUUUCCGAGUUUACCGAGUAUCUCUCAGAAUCCGUGGAAGUCCCAUCUCCCUUUGAUAUCCUAGAACCUCCCACAUCAGGUGGAUUUCUGAAGCUCUCCAAGCCCUGCUGUUACAUUUUUCCAGGAGGGAGGGGCGAUUCUGCCUUGUUUGCAGUGAAUGGAUUCAAUAUGCUCAUCAACGGAGGAUCAGAAAGAAAAUCCUGCUUCUGGAAGCUCAUCCGACACUUGGACCGAGUGGACUCCAUCCUGCUCACCCACAUUGGGGAUGACAAUUUGCCUGGAAUAAACAGCGUGCUCCAGCGGAAAAUCGCAGAGCUCGAGGAAGAACAGUCCCAGGGCUCCACCACAAAUAGUGACUGGAUGAAAAACCUCAUCUCCCCCGACUUAGGAGUUGUAUUUCUCAACGUACCUGAAAAUCUGAAAAACCCAGAGCCAAACAUCAAGAUGAAGAGAAGCAUAGAAGAAGCUUGCUUCACUCUCCAGUACCUAAACAAAUUGUCCAUGAAGCCAGAACCUCUGUUCAGAAGCGUAGGCAAUACCAUUGAUCCUGUCAUUCUUUUCCAAAAAAUGGGAGUUGGUAAACUAGAGAUGUAUGUGCUUAACCCAGUCAAGAGCAGCAAGGAAAUGCAGUAUUUUAUGCAGCAGUGGACUGGCACCAGCAAAGACAAGGCUGAACUAAUCCUGCCUAACGGUCAAGAGAUAGACAUCCCAAUUUCCUACUUAACUUCAGUCUCAUCUUUGAUCGUGUGGCAUCCUGCAAACCCUGCAGAGAAAAUCAUCCGAGUCUUAUUUCCUGGCAACAGCACCCAAUACAAUAUCCUGGAAGGACUGGAAAAGCUCAAACAUUUGGACUUCCUGAAACAGCCGCUGGCCACCCAGAAGGAUCUAACUGGCCAGGUGGCCACCCCUGCUGUGAAACAAGUAAAACUGAAGCAGAGGGCCGACAGCCGGGAGAGCCUGAAGCCAGCUGCAAAACCACUCCCCAGCAAAUCCGUGCGAAAGGAGUCGAAAGAAGAAACCCCUGAAGUCACAAAAGCUAAUCACGUGGAAAAGGCACCCAAAGUUGAAAGCAAAGACAAGGUAACGGUGAAAAAAGACAAACCAGUAAAAGCAGAAACCAAACCUCCAGUGACAGAAAAGGAGGUGCCCAGCAAAGAAGAGCUGCCUCCGGCCAAAGCCGAGGGGCCUGAAAAGCAAGGCACAGACAUCAAACCCAAAGUCACCAAGGAGAAGACUGUGAAAAAGGAAACAAAGGCAAAACCCGAAGAAAAGAAAGAGGAGAAGGAAAAGGAAAAGCCAAAGAAAGAAGUGGCUAAAAAGGAGGAAAAAACACCUGUCAAGAAGGAGGAAAAACCAAAAAAGGAAGAGGUGAAAAAGGAAGUCAAAAAGGAAAUCAAGAAAGAAGAGAAAAAAGAAGUCAAAAAAGAGGUUAAGAAAGAAACCCCACUGAAGGAAGCCAAGAAGGAAGUUAAGAAGGAGGAAAAGAAGGAAAUAAAAAAGGAGGAAAAGGAACCCAAAAAAGAAAUUAAGAAACUUCCUAAAGACACAAAGAAAUCACCUACUCCCGUAUCUGAAGCAAAAAAACCGGCUGCAUUAAAACCAAAAGUACCCAAGAAGGAAGAGACUGUCAAGAAAGAUUCUGUUGCUGCUGGGCAGCUGAAGGAGAAGGGGAAAAUUAAAGUCGUUAAGAAGGAAGGCAAGGCCGCAGAGGCUGUGGCUGUGGCCGCCGGCACCAUGGCCACUGCAGCGGCUGUGGCGGCAGCAGCUGGAAUAGCGACCACUGGCCCCGCCAAAGAACUCGAAGCCGAGAGGUCCCUUAUGUCAUCCCCUGAGGAUCUGACCAAGGACUUUGAAGAGCUGAAGGCUGAAGAGGUUGACUUAGCAAAAGACAUCAAGCCUCAGCUGGAGCUGAUCGAAGAUGAAGAGAAACUGAAGGAAACCGAGCCCGUCGAAGCCUAUGUCAUCCAGAAAGAGACAGAAGUCACCACAGGUCCCGCCGAGUCCCCCGAUGAGGGCAUCACCACCACUGAAGGGGAGGGUGAGUGCGAGCAAACCCCCGAGGAGCUGGAGCCCGUCGAGAAGCAGGGCGUGGAGGACACUGAAAAAUUUGAAGACGAAGGAGCGGGUUUUGAGGAGUCCUCCGAGACUGGAGACUAUGAAGAGAAGGCGGAAACCGAGGAGGCUGAGGAGCCAGAAGAGGACGGAGAGGGGACCGUGCGUGUGAGCACCUCCAAGCACAGCCUGGCGGAGGAGGAGGAGAGCGUGAAGGCCGAGGCUGACGGGUACAUCAAGGAGAAGAGGGAGUCGGUGGCCAGUGGUGAUGACCGAGCAGAGGAAGACAUGGACGAGGCACUGGAGAAGGGAGAAGCUGAACAAUCUGAGGAGGAGGGCGACGAGGAGGACAGAGCCGAGGAUGCCAGAGAGGAAGACUAUGAGCCCGAAAAGGCUGAAGCUGAAGAUUACGUGAUGGCCGUGGUUGACAAGGCUGCGGAGGCUAGCGGUGCCGAGGACCAGUAUGGAUUCCUUACCACGCCCGCCAAGCUAGCGGGAGCCCAGUCUCCUGUCCAAGAACCUGCAUCUUCAAUUCACGAUGAGACUUUACCCGGAGGCUCGGAGAGUGAGGCCACUGCCUCCGACGAGGAGAAUCGGGAAGACCAGCCUGAAGAAUUCACUGCCACCUCCGGCUACACCCAGUCUACCAUUGAGAUAUCCAGCGAGCCCACCCCCAUGGACGAGAUGUCUACUCCUCGAGAUGUGAUGAGUGACGAGACCAACAAUGAAGAGACCGAGUCCCCAUCUCAAGAAUUUGUAAACAUCACCAAAUACGAGUCUUCACUGUAUCCUCAGGAAUACUCCAAACCUGCUGUGACAUCACUCAACGGACUUUCCGAAGGGUCAAAAACAGAUGCCACUGAUGGGAAGGAUUACAGUGCUUCAGCCUCCACCAUCUCACCACCCUCGUCCAUGGAGGAAGACAGGUUCAGCAGAUCUGCUCUACGUGAUGCCUACUGCUCUGAAGAGAAAGACGUGAGAGCCGGUGCCAUGCUGGAGAUCAAAGACACCGUCUCAGCAGUUUCAGAUGAAAAACUUAGCCCACCCAAGAGCCCGUCCCUGAGUCCCUCUCCACCAUCACCCAUAGAAAAGACCCCGCUGGGUGAACGUAGCGUGAACUUUUCUCUGACACCCAGUGAGAUUAAAGUCUCAGCAGAGGCAGAAGUAGUCCCAGCAUCUCUGGAGGUGACCCAAGAAGUAGUGGAAGAACAUUGUGCCAGUCCUGAGGAUAAGACCCUGGAAGUGGUGUCUCCAUCUCAGUCUGUGACUGGCAGUGCUGGCCACACACCGUACUACCAAUCUCCCACUGAUGAGAAAUCUAGUCACCUUCCCACAGAGGUCAUUGAAAAACCAGCGGCAGUGCCAGUGAGCUUUGAAUUCAGUGAUGCCAAAGAUGAGAGUGAAAGGGCUUCCAUAAGCCCCAUGGAUGAACCUGUGCCUGACUCGGAGUCUCCUAUUGAAAAAGUUUUGUCUCCUUUACGGAGCCCUCCCCUAAUUGGAUCUGAGUCUGCAUAUGAAAGUUUUCCAAGUGCGGAUGACAAGGCUCUUGAUAGAUGUACCGAAAGCCCCUUUGAAGGAAAGAAUGGAAAAGAAGGCUUUCCAGACCAAAUAAGUCCAGUUUCUGACAUGACUUCCACUGGUGUUUUCCAAGACAAACAGGAAGGGAAAAGCACAGACUUUAUACCGAUAAAGGAAGACUUUGGUCAAGAAAAGAAAACUGAUGAUGUUGAAGCCAUGAGUUCUCAAGCAGGACUGGCUUUAGAUGAAAGGAAGUUAGGAGGAGAUGUUUCUCCUACACAAAUAGAUGUCAGUCAGUUUGGAUCUUUUAAAGAAGACACUAAGAUGUCCAUUUCUGAAGGCACUGUCUCAGACAAGUCAGCUACCCCUGUUGAUGAGGGUGUGGCAGAAGACACAUACUCUCACAUGGAGGGUGUGGCCUCGGUCUCCACAGCUUCUGUGGCUACGAGCUCAUUUCCAGAGCCAACAACAGAUGACGCGUCUCCCUCGCUGCAUGCUGAGGUUGGUUCCCCACAUUCCACUGAAGUAGACGACUCCCUUUCAGUGUCUGUCGUGCAAACGCCUACCACUUUCCAGGAAACAGAAAUGUCUCCAUCUAAGGAAGAAAGCCCAAGACCAAUGUCAAUUUCUCCACCAGACUUCUCCCCUAAAACAGCCAAGUCUAGGACACCAGUUCAAGAUCACAGAUCUGAACAAUCCUCGAUGUCGAUUGAAUUUGGCCAGGAAUCCCCUGAGCACUCCCUUGCUAUGGACUUCAGUCGUCAGUCUCCAGAUCACCCUACAGUGGGUGCAAGUAUGCUUCACAUCACUGAAAAUGGGCCAACUGAGGUGGACUACAGUCCUUCUGACAUGCAGGACUCGAGUUUAUCACACAAGAUCCCACCAACGGAGGAGCCGUCCUACACCCAAGAUAAUGAUCUUUCUGAGCUCAUCUCAGUCUCUCAGGUGGAGGCCUCCCCAUCCACCUCCUCUGCACAUACCCCUUCUCAGAUCGCUUCUCCUCUCCAAGAAGAUACUCUAUCCGAUGUUGUUCCUCCCAGGGAUAUAUCCUUAUAUGCCUCGCUCACCACUGAAAAAGUGCAAAGUCUGGAAGGCGAGAAGCUCUCACCAAAAUCUGAUAUCUCUCCACUCACCCCGAGAGAGUCCUCUCCUUUGUAUUCCCCUAGUUUCUCAGACUCUACCUCUGCAGUCAAAGAGAGCACAGCACCUUGCCACACUGCCUCUCCCCCACCAAUGGGUGCAGCAUCUGCAGAGCCGUAUGGCUUCCGUGCCUCCAUGUUAUUUGAUACGAUGCCACACCAUCUAGCCUUGACGAGAGAUUUGACCACAUCCAGCCUGGAGAAGGACAGUGGAGGGAAGACACCUGGAGACUUCAGCUAUGCCUAUCAGAAGCCUGAGAAGACAACCAGGUCCCCAGAUGAAGAAGGUUACGACUAUGAGGCUUAUGAGAAAACUACCCGGACCCCAGAUGUGAGUGGCUAUUACUAUGAGAAAACAGAGGGCACCAUCAAAUCCCCAUGUGACAGAGGCUACUCCUAUGAGACCAUUGAGAAAACCACCAAGACUCCCGAAGAUGCCGGCUAUGCCUAUGAAAUUACUGAAAAGCCCACGCGGAGCCCCGAAGAGUCUGGGUACGCAUACGAGUUAAGUGAGAAGACGAUAAGGACCCCUGAAGUGAGUGCUUACAGCUACGAAAAGACUGAGCGGUCUCAAAGGCUCCUGGAUGACAUCAGCAAUGGCUAUGAUGACUCUGAAGAGGGUGGCCACACACUUGGGGAUUCCAGCUACUCUUAUGAGACCACUGAGAAAACUGCCAGCUUCCCUGGGUCUGAAAGUUACUCCUAUGAGACAUCGACAACAACGACACGAACCCCUGUUACCUCCGCAUACCGUUACGAGACCCCCGAUAAAAGCGCUAGAACCCCCGAGGCGUCUACAUAUGCCUAUGAGACUCCAGACCAGUGCUACACUGCUGAAAAGAAGUCCCCCUCCGAGGCUCGCCAGGAUGUUGACUUAUGCCUUGUGUCCUCCUGUGAAUACAAGCAUCCCAAGACGGAGCUUUCACCCUCCUUCAUUAAUCCCAAUCCUCUCGAGUGGCUUGCCAGCGAAGAGCCAACGGAAGAAUCGGAGAAGCCCCUCACCCAAUCAGGGGGAGCCCCACCGCCUCCUGGAGGAAAGCCCCAGGGCCGACAAUGUGAUGAAACCCCUCCCACCUCAGUCAGCGAGUCAGCCCCAUCCCAGACGGACUCUGAUGUCCCCCCGGAGACAGAAGAGUGCCCCUCCAUCACAGCUGAUGCGAACAUCGACUCGGAAGAUGAAUCAGAAACCAUCCCCACAGACAAAACCGUCACGUACAAACACGUGGAUCCACCCCCGGCCCCCAUGCAGGACCGCAGCCCUUCUCCACGCCACCCUGAUGUGUCCAUGAUGGACCCGGAGGCCUUGGCCAUCGAGCAGAACCUGGGCAAAGCUCUGAAGAAGGACCUGAAGGAGAAGACCAAAACCAAAAAGCCAGGUACAAAGACCAAGUCAUCCUCACCUGUCAAGAAGGGUGAUGGGAAGUCCAAGCCCUCCGCAGCUUCACCCAAGCCAGGGGCCCUGAAGGAAUCCUCAGAUAAGGUGUCCCGAGUGGCUUCUCCUAAGAAGAAGGAAUCUGUGGAAAAAGCAACAAAAACCACCACCACUCCUGAGGUCAAAGCCGCACGUGGAGAAGAGAAGGACAAAGAGACCAAGAAUGCCGCGAACACCUCCACAUCCAAAUCGGUAAAGACGGCGACUGCAGGGCCAGGAAACACCAAGACAUCCAAGCCCUCAGCUGUGCCUCCAGGCCCCCCUGUGUACUUGGACCUGUGCUAUAUUCCCAACCACAGCAACAGUAAGAACGUCGAUGUUGAAUUUUUCAAGAGAGUGAGGUCGUCCUACUACGUGGUGAGUGGGAAUGACCCCGCUGCUGAGGAGCCCAGCCGGGCUGUCCUGGACGCCUUGUUGGAAGGGAAGGCCCAGUGGGGCAGCAACAUGCAGGUGACCCUGAUCCCAACUCAUGACUCAGAAGUGAUGAGGGAAUGGUAUCAGGAGACCCAUGAGAAGCAGCAGGACCUCAACAUCAUGGUUUUAGCAAGCAGCAGUACCGUGGUUAUGCAAGACGAAUCCUUCCCUGCAUGUAAGAUCGAACUGUAACAACCAGGCCAGCCACACCACAGGGUUUGAACUUUGUUUCCAGAAAUUCUUCAGUUUGAAACCACCUUUUCUAACAAAAGUCAAUUCACCUAAAUAAGUCGCUGAACUGUUACCUGCCAAACGCUAUACUGUGUCAUGGUGAUACAAGUCACUAAUAUUUCUCAGUUUUUGCUGAUUGCUAAGGGAAGUAGCAGUCUUCCCACACUAGGGUUCAAGUUACUGCAAAAUUACCUACCCCAGUUCAUCUCUGCUGAACAUUUGGAAACCAUGCACUAGCAAACCCAACUGAUUUCUGCUAGGUAGACGCAUCUGUCUUAGAGAGAGAAAGAGAGAGAGAGAGCGCGCACGCACAAAAGAGAGGGAACGCAGAACAGAGAGAGAGAGAGAGAAAAUGAGAAAGAAAAAAAGAAUGCAAGAGGAGGAGAUGUAAUGGUAGAGAAUGCUGGUGAGAUACCAGAGAGAAAGAGAGAGCAGGGUGGGGCAGAGAAGAGAAAAUAACCAUUAGUUAGGUCUGCAUUUUCUGUCUAGUCUGCAUAGGCAAAGUUUGUAACUUGUGUCAGUCUGAGUCAUCAAAAAGGGUCUUAGUUUCCUAAAACAAGUUGGCUGGAAGAAAACAGAAAAGAACAAAACUUGUAAUGAGGGCAUGUGAGAUUUUUCACGCCUUAAUUAAGCUCCUUCAGUUUGAAGGCUGCACACUGACAAAAUGUAGUGAGUGUAGACUGGACAUGCAAGUGGUUUGAACCCCAUUCAGAACUCUCAGACUCUUCAAACACACGAGUAGAUUGAUCUAAGGCAUGCUCCCAGCAUCUGUGCACCCAGUUAGUCCACUCUGAGUCAAUUAACCUGCAUGCGGAGACACCCAAGUCCACCCCGAUAAACAAGCAAAUACCAAAGCAGUUGGGAGUACAUACGGUAGACAAUUUGCCUUAGGAAGUGACUUGAAUGUACAAAGAUACUUGAUGCACUUAUUUUUUAAUGUGAGACAGCGAGUUUAUAAAACAUCCGUGUAGGAUUAUAGACACUCCAGUUAAAGGAGCAUGUGUGUGCGCGUGGGAGGGGUACUAGGAGCUUACCUGAUCGGUGCAACAGUCUGAUGCUGAGCAUUGCGUGUUGAUUACCACCUCAGGCCCCUCAGCCAAGCAAGUUGAGCCUUUCAUAGCUUCUUUACUACUGCAAGUUCAAGAUUGAAACGGCUUCUAUGAUCAGAACUGGGAAAACAGUGAAUCUUAAAGGUGGAAGAGGUUCUCAGCAAGUGUACAGUAUUUAGCUUCCCUCGUCUUACAUUGGCUUUUUUUUUUUUUUUAAUUUUCCAUUAAUUUCAGCAUAAUUAUGGGAACAAGUGUACAGAAGAAUUUUUUUUUUUCUAGAUAUGUGAGAACUUUUCAUAGAUGAACUUUUUAACAAAUGUUUUCAUUUACAGGAAAAUGCAAAGAAAAUUUUCAAGUGACAGUCUUUCUUUUUUUUUAAAGUGUUUCGUAAGACAAAAAAAUGAAUAAUGUUUUUUGAAGUUCUGGUGAGAUUGAAGUCUGAUAUUGCAGUAAUAAUAUUUAUUAAAAGCCCAUCACUACCAGGAAUAGUGAUACCUCCCACCCCUUGAGUCCCAUAACAAAAAUUUGAGUAUGCGCUAUCUUAGAGUGGGGGAGAAUGGCUACUUUUCCAGGCCUUUACGAGUACAUCACCCAGUGGUAUCCUACGUACUUCUUUCAAGAUCUUCAACCAUGAGGUAAAAGAGCCAAGACAAGUUCAAAGAACCCUAGCAAAAAUUUGCUUUGGGAUUUUCUUUUUUGGAAAAAAAAAACAAAAAAAGAAAAAUACGUUGAAAACAAAUGAAUUCCCAACUCCUACGGUUCAUCACGUAGAGUUCAGAGAUCAUUUCCAUCAUUGUCAUCAUUGAACUAUGAACCUGGGAAGCCAGAUCAUGAUUAAAACUGACAUUAAGUUUCAAGUUGCAGAUCAGCGCACCCAGUGUUCAGAUGUGGCAAACUUUUCAGUGACAGCUGUGCUGGGCUCUGUCGAGUUGCGUCUCCUGCAGACUCUAAGAUCUACGGAGUAGUCAACAAUCACCUCGUUUUAUUUUCUAUGUUAGUUAUUUAUUUCCGAAUUAACAUUUUAGUUUAUUUUUGUCUGAUAAGUGUGUGUUUUGCACUGCUAACUACUAUGAGGGUUUAAACAAUGCUUCUUCCAGGUCCCUUCACCGAGGACCUAAUGCAGUCUACUUAAUGCUGUGAAUUACACUUUUCAAAUGUUUAAUUUUUUUAAAAAAUUAAUAUUCUAUUUUUUUUUAGGCUUCUCUAGAAAUGCAGCUUUUAUUUAUUACCCUAUUUCUUUGAAGUCCUUAAGAACAACGCAUUGAUUUAGGGUACAAAAAAAUGAGCACACGAUGGAAAACACAUUGUGACAAAAAAGGAUUUCAGUGAGUAUAAACUCACCUACUUAAAAGGUAUUUUAAGAGACAACCUAAGAUACUCAAGAUGAUUAUUUAAUAAUUAGUUGUUAAGUUGGUUCACAUGAUGCAUUGGAAGAGAAACAGAUUUCCAGCCUUCUUGCCAAAUCCAGACCUCUGGUUGAUUUUUCUUUGAUAGAAGAUGGAAUUAUUUUCCAAUUUCCCAAAUUAAAUUUAUUUAACAUGUACAUUAUUUUGCUUUAAGAAAAAAACCAAACAUUUUAGGAAAAUUAUAGCCAGUCUUCAAUUAUAACCAUUCUAUCCCACUCCUUUUUUUUUCUUCUUUUCUUUUUUGCUAUGGAAUUUAAUGGAAAAAAUAUACAAAAGCUGUCACUGGUCAGCUGGCUCUUUUUCCUAUGAAAUAGAUCAGUACCUUUCUCCAUCCAUUGUUCUCAGUGAUGACCACAGAGCCUGAAUAUAACAGGAACACCAAUAUUUACAUUACAGGUUGCUCCUGUCCUUCCAGACACCUUUCCUACCUGUGUGACUAACCUAAUUUUGCUAGUUUCAUAAAUACACAAUUAGUUUAGUAACAGCCAUCACAAUGUACCAUGUACAUUCAUGGUGAGAGCUAAAGAUUGACACAGACUUCUAGGAGCUUUAUUCAUACUGAUUACUUAAUCCAAUUGUAUAGAUUGAAUAUUUGAGUGAAAGGAAUUUACAUUCUGUUUAAAUGAUGGGAUUCCAUCGAGCUAGCACUCAUGAUCAUGAACUUUUCGGUAGUAUUCUUAAAAUUCUACAGAGACUAAACGUUAGAGAUGAUCCUCCAUUUUCAAUUUUAACUAAUUCUAUCCCCUUUCUCAAAACCCAAUCCCUGUGCAUGCUUUCUCAGUCUUGUGGUGGGGCUGGAUACAGUGACUGACCCUCCCCCCCUUCCCAACCCUUAAAUGCCAUUUUCCAUGGUGUUCCAAAAAAAAAAAUGUUUUUUUUUUCUUAACCUUACAUAUCAUAGUGAAUGGUUUCCCCAGUGUAUAUGAAUGUUUUAAGUGUCUCCAAUAGCUUACACAGUUUAGGAGCUUUCCAGUACUCAUUUAAUAAGAUUUAAUCAUUUGCUAAUGGAAAUUUUACCACUUCCCAUUUUCCCUGUUACCAAAUUUCAGCUCUCAGGAGCUGCUCUACAAUUCUGAAAUUGCUUUUCUUGCCUCUUUAGUCACCUGUCACAGGAGGUUCUUGCUCAGUAAUGACAUUGUGAGUUAGAUUAAUAACUUUUUUUUUGCGCUUCAGAUUUAGAAGAAAAGACCCUGUUUCCAUCUGAAAGGAACUGUAAGCUUUUAUCUUUUAACCAACUGAACAACACACCAAAAGCAGCCUAGGGGAUGAGCAUUUCUUUGAAAGCAAUUAGGUUAUUCACCUGGUAUUAAAACUAUUUACUAUGAAAAAAAAAUCUGUGACUUUAUUAAUUUAAAAGGCAGCAUCAACAACUGAAAAGGAAGGGAAGAAAUAAAUAGCUUCUCUGCACUCAUUUGGAGCUCCCCAAAAAAGGAGCCGUCGAGAUGGGGCUUCAAGACCGGGGCUGCCCUUUUCAGAACGCCCCUGCGGCACUGAGUCAGGCUUACGGCGCUGCAUGCAGCCCUUCUUCCACCCUGGAAGGACAUGGUUUUGAGCCUGGCUGAGAAGCACCUCCCACUCCUCUCUCUUGUUCUGAAUGGUGUUUGUGUCAGUCUGCAGCUGUGUAUGGUAUUAUGUCUUAUAAUCCUGCAUCACUUCUAUCCUAUCCAGUCAUAUCUAAUGUAGAAAAUUAGUUUCCAGUGAAAGUAAUAUGUAGUGCUUUUAUGAUAUUUGUGUGCAAUAUCCCCUCUUCCAUUGAGGAUAUUUGAUGUAAAA